CCUACUCACCCUUCCACCACUCUCGAGCAACGAUGGCUUUCGCUGUUUCCACCCAGGCGCUCGCCGCCAAGGUCGCCCUCUCCGGCAAGACCCUCAACGUUCGCAAGAACGCCGCCAAGGCUGUGCGCAACACCUCCGUCCGCGCCGCUGUGUCCGCCCCCGCGGGCCUCAAGGCUGGCGUCGUGACCGGCGAUGACUACAAGGCUGUCGUCGACCACGCCAUCAAGAACGGCUACGCCAUCCCCGCCGUCAACUGCACCAUGUCCACCGUGACCAACGCGUGCCUCGAGGCGGCCAAGAAGGCCAACUCCCCCAUGAUCAUCCAGUUCUCCAACGGCGGUGGCGCCUACAACGCCGGCAAGGGCUGGAAGAACGAGAAGGACCAGAAGGCGGCCAUCAUGGGCUGCGUCGCCGGUGCCCUCCACGUCCGCGCCCUCGCUGAGUUCUACGGCGUCCCCAUCAUCCUCCACACCGACCACUGUGCCAAGAGCCUCCUCCCCUGGUUCGACGGCCUCCUCGAGGCCAACGAGGAGUACUUCGCCAAGCACGGCGAGCCCCUCUUCACCUCCCACAUGCUCGACCUCUCCGAGGAGUCCAUCGAGGAGAACAUGGAGAUCUCCAAGAAGUACCUCGAGCGCAUGGCGAAGAUCAACUGCUUCCUCGAGGUUGAGAUCGGCAUCACCGGCGGCGAGGAGGAUGGCGUCGACAACACCGACGUCGCCCAGGAGGACCUCUACUCCAAGCCCGAGGAGAUCCACCAGGUGUACACCGAGCUCAACAAGGUUGCCCCCGGCAUGUUCUCCGUCGCCGCCGCCUUCGGCAACGUGCACGGCGUGUACUCCCCCGGCAACGUGAAGCUCACCCCUUCCAUCCUCGGCGCCGCACAGAAGUACAUCAAGGAGAAGGAGGGCCUCGACACCGACAAGCCCGUCAACUUCGUCUUCCACGGCGGCUCCGGCUCCUCCCGCGAGGACAUCCGCGAGGCCAUCGGCUACGGCGUCAUGAAGAUGAACAUCGACACUGACACCCAGUGGUCCAUGUGGGACGGCGUCCGCGAGUACGUCGAGAAGUACGAGCCCUACCUCCAGGGCCAGAUCGGCAACCCCGAGGGCCCCGAGAAGCCCAACAAGAAGUACUACGAUCCCCGCAUGUGGACCCGCGCCGCCGAGGAGUCCACCGUCGCGCGCCUCCUCUCCGCGUACGAGGACCUCAACGCCAUGGAUGCCCUCUCCAAGUAAGCGAUUUUCGCUUUGCGUGAUGAUGGAUUGAGUCUACGUGUACAAUUUUUUGAUGGGUGCUCGCGGCUACUUCCUCGGAAAUAGUCCUUUAGACGAGGAGUGAAGCUUCCUUGGACAUAAUAAUAAACGAUUUCCAGAAGAGAACGAACAAACAAGCACGCGCCCGCCCGAUUGUUUCGUAACAAACAGCGUCUCAGAAUACAUAUAACAU